AUGUUUAUGGAUCAUGUCAACCUUCAGAAUAAAAUUCGAGAGUUUGAAAUCCGUAUCCGUAAGUGGCGUCAACUCAGAUUCGGAUUUGCUGAACCUGUAGUACAUCGAAGAAGUGCUUCACAGGAACCUCAUAAUAACAAUUCCGUAUCAGUGCAGUCCAGUCCUGCACACCGAACACCUAUUAGUAACGUUCCUAUCGGUUGCCGAACCACACCAAUGCAGCGUCGUGAUUUAGGACUUGAUCUACCAAAGUUUCAAAAUGCCAGGAGUCCAGAACAGCAAGAGAUUGAAAGGCGUUAUCAAGCAGUCAGAGGAGAUUCAGGCAAACUAACAAUAAAAGGUGAAACUAAGUUAGUAUCUUUCGAAGAGUUGACUUUGGAAGAAGAAAUAGGUAAUGGCAGUUGUGGUCAAGUUUCUCGUUAUACGCUGGGAAAUGUUGUGAUGGCUAUCAAGCAAAUGGCAAGAACGAAUAACCCUGAUGAGAACAAGAGAAUCAUCAUGGAUCUUGAUGUGGUAACGAAAACUAAGGAUUGUCCUAAUAUAGUCUUGUGUUAUGGAUAUUUUAUUCAUGAUUAUGAUGUUUACGUUUGCAUGGAAAUCAUGGCUACUUGCCUAGAUCGUUUAUUAAAGAAAACCAAGACAGGGUUCCCUGAAAAAGUUAUCGGGAAAAUGGCCGUGAGCAUUUUGAGUGCUCUUAGUUAUUUGAAAGAUAAUCAUAACGUUAUUCAUCGAGACAUCAAGCCUUCUAACAUUCUCAUCGAUUGGAGUGGUACAAUCAAACUUUGUGAUUUCGGGAUUAGUGGGCAGUUAGUUGAAUCUCAAGCUCAUUCCAGACAAGGAUGUCCACCAUACAUGGCUCCCGAACGCCUGUCAGACACCGUCCGUGAUUACGAUAUUCGUUCUGACGUUUGGUCAUUUGGUAUAACUUUGGUUGAGCUGGCCACUGGAAAGUUCCCCUAUGCUGGCAGCGGGUUUGAAAUGCUAACAUCUAUUAUACAAUCUCCAUCUCCAUCUCUUCCCGCUGAGUUCUCGCCCGAAUUCCGGAGUUUUGUUGAUCUUUGUCUCACGAAGGACGUUAAGAAGAGACCAAAAUACAAUGUUUUGAAGAACGAGCCCUUCAUCAAGAACAGUAUUGCUGAUAGAGUGACAGAUGUAGGCUCUUGGUUUGAAAGUGUUUACACUAUAUAA